CAGCGAGCAUUUCUAUUUAAUCCGUCGGAGUGUGCAGGUGUGCAUUGCUGUUCUCUCUUGAGGUGAAAUGGCUUUCAUAACUGGCAUCCCAGCUGCUGGACUUAAGACCGGAAAGGAGCCACCGCGACAAGGUGUGGGGGGUUUGGUGCCAUCGGUAGUCCUUGAAAUGCAUGAAGGUGAAGAGAGUCUACAUAUUCCUAAUGGCCAUGGAGAGUCCUCAAAUCAUGCUGCCUCGUCUGGUCCUGUCUCGUCUGGUCCUGUGGUUGCUACACCACCGUCUGAUCCAGCUCGGCCUGUACCACCUAAUGGCCAUGGUUCCGCAGCUGCCUUGUCUGGUCCUGCCUUGUCUGGUCCUGUCUUGUCUGGUCCUGUCUCGUCUGGUCCUGCGGUUGCUGCGCCACCGUCUGAUCCAGCUCGGCCUGUACCACCUAAUGGCCAUGGUUUCGCAGCUGCCUCGUCUGGUCCUGCGGUUGCUACUCUGCCAUCUGAUCCAGCUCGGCCUGUACUACCUAAUGGCUGUGGAGAGUCCUCAAAUCGCAACUUUACUGAAGAGUCCUGUGUCACAAAUUCCCACAGUCGCUCCCACAAUUCAGAGAGACAACAUAUAUAUUAUGAUUACAGUUCAGAGGGAUCAGCUAACAUGCCUCAUUUUGUGUCAAAUUAUUUUGGGAUAUAUCUUGUAACAAAUAGUCCAGGGCUUUUAAAUACUAGCAAUACACAACCUUUACAUAUUUUGGGCAGUUGUUGUAGCCACAAUAAUUUGUGUCUAGGGCAGCUCUGCAAUCAAAGUGAGAUAAUGUCUAACAGACAUUGGAUCUUAACUGCAGAGUACUGUCUCACAGGCAAGUCACAGAAACUAUUUAUUUGUUCUGAUUACAUACGGCAGAUUCAUUAUAUUGUGUCAAAUUGUUUUGGGAAAAAUCUUGUACCUGUAACAAAUAUUCAAGUCUUUUUAAAUACUGACAUUAUACACCCUUUACAUAUUUUGGGCAGUUUUUGUAAUGGUAAAUUGCUCAUAUCUCCUCAUGUAUGGCAAUAUGGCAUACAUAACAAUAAAUUGUUGGAGCUCAGUAAAUCUGUUUGUCAAGUAAGAACAAGGUACGGAUUUGGAAGUGGUUUUCUCCUCUUUAAAAAUUUUAUCCUUACAAACUUUCAUGUUAUUAAACCUUACUAUGAUUUUAAAACUGGUCGGCUUACUAAUGACAUCACUGUUACUUUUUCACAUGAAAUUCAAGAGUCUGAGUGUGAUCUUAUAAAUGUAGUAGGUGUUUUUUGCUGGGAAUUUUGUGUCGAGUUUGGUAAUAAGCAUGACUGGGUUUUGUUAGAGAUCAAUGACAGUAUGCCAUUGCCCAAUGGUCUUUCACCACACAUUAAGUCAGUUUCUGACACUGAAUGUUCCAACAUCUUCAUUAUUGGACAUCCUAAUGUGGAAGUAAAACAAGUAGAUUUUUGUUCAGUUGUUGGUCCUGAGAACCGCAGACAGGUUGUGGAGGAGAAUUGGAGGAAAAAUCCAGGUUCCGAUGAUGAUUACGUUAAUCGUGUGGUAAAAGAAAUUCCAGGACUCAAUGGCAGACUGACAUACAACUCUAAUUUUAAUCAGGGCUCUUCUGGUUCUCCUGUGUUUAAUGAGGAAGGUAGUCUUGUUGGAGUGCAUUCGGGAGGAUACUUUUACUGUGAUGCUAAGGGUCAGCCUCAUAGUCUCAUCGAUUUUAGCUAUCCUUUAUCUAGCAUCAUAAAGAAAAUUGAAUCGCAUAUGGUUUAGAAGAAAAGCUUUUACAUGUUGAUUUCCUAACUCAUGUAUAUUGUAAAUCAAAAAUAAAUUGAGUGUUGAAACCAAA